AUGGGCAAACAUUCGGCUUUUGAUGAUUCAGACGAGGAAGAGCAGCACGCCGAAGAAGGGCCACAAGAGGUCGCCCCACCUGAGACCGGGGCAGCGUCCUCCGGGCAGACGACGAGGACGCCCGUCGAGAGUUCCAGGAGGGGGAGCUCCUCCGGCCGACCCUCAGGUCACUUGAAGAGGAAAAGGGAAGUCCCGAAGGUCGUGGAGGUGGAUCCGCUGUCUUUCAGCCUCCCAGCGAUCCAUGAGUUAUCCUCCCUCGACGACCUCCUGAAGGAAGGAUAUGCAGAUCCGGGUCGGGGUACCGAUUUAUUUGAGGAUGUACCCGCGGGCCACGCUCAACUAACCUUCGACCCUCCUCGGGUCGAAUGCUCGGAGUUACCCGAGGCCGGGGCAGCGAGGUUGGAGGACGGCAUGAGACAGGCCGUGCAGGCAGUCAACACAUUUGUGACCAUAUGUACGGGCUUGGGAGAGCAGCUGGCCUCGGCCCAGAGGACGGCCGCGAGUGAGGCCAACAGGGCCAGAGAUGCGGAGGUCAUGUUCAAGGCCUCGGAAGGGAAAAGAGCGCGUCUGGAAGAGGAGAGGAAGCGCUUGGAAGAGGAGGUUGCGAGGAUGAAGGCACAGCUCGCGGACGCGGAGCUGACCCACCGCCUUCAGAUGGAAAGUUUGCUGGCCACGAGUGUCCCAAAGUCCCGACUGGACACGUACAUCUUGGCGGGGGUCCAGCGGUACCUGGGGUCGCCCGAGUUCGCCCUCAGAAUAAACGAUGUUAUGGACCCUGCUAUGGAAAGGGGGGCGAGGAAGGUCGUCUUGGAAAUCGCGGUGGCCCAGAAGAAGAAUGAGCACAUCCAGCCCAUCCUUGAAAAGUAUGCCGAUAGGGAAAAGAAAGGGAAGACAUCUGCGGUGCGAUUGCCGGUGCAAGGCCCGGAAACACUUCCGGGAUAUGGAUUUUGCCACUCUCCCUAUCAUGCAGCAGAUUUUCGGAGCCUGUGCCUCCGUUUCGAAGCCCGAGGACAUCCUGAACAUUCUGGGCAGUCCCUCGUUCGUCUUUCAGAUGCCGAGGGGGACAAAAACGCCUCCCAACACGCCACCGGGACCGGAGGAGGAACCGGAGGUCUCGAAGGGCAACUCGAAGAUGCUUUGCAAACCUUUAGGGCCUCGGAGUUGUAUGAGGCACGUAAGGCUGUUCUCGAGGCGAAGGCUGAGAACGACCGGUUGGAUAAGUUAUGGCGGGAUACGGAGGCUUAUUGGGAAGACCACCUAAAGAAUUCUAUACAAUUGGAGAUGUUGGCUAACAAUCGCCUUCGGACAUUCGAAGCCAAGAUACGGAAGAAGAAGAAGGACGAGGGUUUAGCCGAACCCGAUCCGGAAGAUUUUAUCCCCCGUAACUACUUUGAGAGCGUGCUGGUACACCUCCGGAAGGCUUACGCCUUGGUUGCCGUGAAGUGGGAUCGUUCCUCUAAUAAGAUCAAGGCUCUUCGGGCAUAUGCUGGUCAGCUUCAGACAGUUUUGGAAAGCGCGAUAUUCUUCAUCGUGGAGAUGGGGAAGGAGUAUGACUUCGCAGCAUUGUGGCCCGAACCCUGUCCAGCUAUGCGAGACGAGCCCACUUCUCCGACUCGUGAGGCGGAACGCUUGAUGUAUGAGAACGACGCUUUGUUCUUUGAGUUGGGUCGGGGGUCUCGUUAA